UAUAUAUACGCGAGAUAAAAAACCAAAAACGCUUUUUUAAUUCAAUCGAAGUAAUAUUGCAGCUGGGGAUAGAAAUUGAAUUUCUCGUAGGUGGUUGGGAAGCCACGAUAAUCCAGCAUGGUCCCCUAGAGUACGCUUUUCCUGUCAGGAUACGUCUGACUUAUGAAGAAAAAGUGAUACCACGUGUUCUUGCAUUCGAUUCGUUUCGGGAGAGCGCAACAUGCUUUUCCUUCGAUGAAGAAAAAGCGGUCGACAAUAAAUUUCGUCGAACGUUUAGUUUACUCGGUGUUCAUUGACACAUAGUGGGGGACUAGCAGGCUUUAUAUAGACUGUGCGAACGGAGUUUAUCGGUUUUUCUUCGUAGACGCGUCCCGAUGGAAAGUAAAAUUGCAAGAUUUUCCAGUGUUCUCGGGAUCUUCCUUAUGUUCGCCUGCUUCCCAUUGCGAACCAAAGCGGAAUUUAAUCCCAAAAGUUUUGAACGAAAAUUAAUUGCCUUAGAUAAGGUUCUCACUUACAUUAAUGACCGACCACAUCAGAUGAACGUAGACGCCACGUUUAGCGUUACCUUGAGCGAAGUUAACUUAGUGGGGGCACUUUUCCAUGAGAACGUACAAUAUUUGGAAAGUAGAUUCUUCAUCGCACUGAAAGAAAUGGUUGCGUUAUCCAAUAUGACCCGAAAAAAGUUGAUGAAUAACGUUGUCCCGGAGAGCGAGAUCGAACUUUCGCUGCAAUCGACUCUAAACAAUCUUACCCUGUGGAUGAGACCUAUAUGGUGGACAAGGAUCUUUCCAAAAGAUAGACCCACUCCCAAUGAUGAAUUAAACUAUACGGAGAUCGUUAAAUCUAUUCGACAAGGAUGGCCAAAUGAAACAGAGAGUGAUCAAUGUUUGUUCAAAAUUACGCGUAGCUCGUUAAACGGAGAAUGUCAAAUUCCUCAGACUUGCGCCGAAGCAUUGAUAAGGAAUGAUGACUUUUCGGGGUACUCUCUCACACAUAGAUUGCUUAUGAUCCAAAUCGCUGAAAGAUUUGGAUGUCGAGAGACUGCAUCGUUGCCAUUUUCAUACUUGGUACCUGCAUUUUGCGCCAGAAUUUUUCAGGAUCUCGUUAAUCUUGAAGCGUGGAAUUUUCCAGACCUCGGACGAGAUCUCAUGAUUGAGCAAAUUGUUCUGUGCGGUAUGGAAGGUUAUUACGAAUUUCUCGAUAAACAUUAUGAAGAUUUGAUAUUAAGCUGGCCUCAUCGGAGUGGUUGCUUUAACUUCCAAGGAUUUCCUGAGGAGCAUAAGAUGACUCGGCGAUCGUCAUCAAUAACCGACUUUGGAUGUAACAAUCAUAUAACAGGUCUUGCCGCUGCGAGUCUUUCCUUAUUGAUCCGAGAAAAUAUAGAAAAUGAACUUGGCCAAUAAAUCUUCCUAUUUUCAAGAAGCGUUUUCUUAUCAAAUAUUUAUUUUCAUCGCAAAUUUGCUUUUUUUUUGUUAAAUAUUCUUUUAUUAAGGUGACAAGAACACAUAUGUGAGAUUGCCUGAUUUAAGAAAUAAUCAACUUAUAUUGCUAAUGAAAAAUAUUCAACUGAUCGUAUUUUUUUAAACAAAACGUGCAAAAAAAUGUAUGUCAUAAAAAAAAUCCUCGGGAAAAUUGUGCAACUAUCAGGGUUGUAACGCAUGAUACUGGACAAAAAAUGGAAAUGAUUUAUACCUAUGAUAAAUAAUAUUAUAAGACAAAAGUUUGAAAUAUGGCACAUGUUGUACAAAAGAAAAAAAACGAGAAUGAAAGAUUAAAA